AUGUCAGAUCAAUCCGUCACGUCUGUCAAUUCGUUGACCUCCCAAGAACGCCGCGAGGCAGAGGCACAGGUCGUCGCCGAACAUCUGCCUGCCGGUUACACGGCCGUACUCGACUCUGAACAUCCCAACAGCCAAAGCCAGACUUCCCAAGAUGGCUCCUCCGAAGCGACAACGCACACCCGAACGGUGUCAACCAGCGAGCGUUCCUCCAAGGGAUCCUCUACACGGGCUGGCUCGACAACAACACCAUCACCCAACGGAGUAGACAGCACCGCCGCCUCCUCCCUUCGUCUUCAAGGAGGAGACAUCCACCGCGACCUCUUCAAGAUUGACGCCUCCGCCCGCCUCCAACAACUUCACCGACGAGCCAACACCUUCCACACUCCCCGCGAGUUCGAGCAAGACCCCGAAGUGCCCGGCAUGACCGUCUCCGAAACACUUGCCCCGGGUGGCUUCCGCCGCGCCUUCUUACAUCAAAAACAUGGAGGACCCCAAAACUUUUUAGCCGCGCGAAUGCCCAUCACCCGCAACUUCGUCGAGUUCCUUGAUCUCUACGGUAGUUUCGCCGGCGAAGACCUGGCCGACUCCGAUGAAGAAGCCAUCGAGGAUGAAUCCGAAGCCGAAGCAGAAGAAGUCGAAGAGGAGGCACGCAUAGGCGAGACUACGGCCCUUUUAGGUCGUCGUCUCUCGCGCCGCCUCUCUCACCACCACCAGCGCUCCGCCACAGCCGGCACGACCAAGACCUUCUUCACGUUAAUCAAGGCCUUUGUCGGCACGGGCAUCAUGUUCCUCCCCAAGGCUUUCGCCAACGGCGGUCUCCUAUUUUCUUCCCUAGCUAUGGUCUUCGUGUCAGCAGUCACUAUGAUCGCCUUCCACCUCUUGCUCCAAUGCAAACAACACCAUGGCGGUGGCUACGGCGAGAUCGGCGCCGCUAUUUCGGGGGAGCGCAUGCGGACCUUGAUUCUCGGCUCCAUCACUUUAUCUCAGCUGGGCUUUGUCUGCGCAGGCAUCGUUUUUGUAGCCGAGAACUUGACUUCCUUCCUCAAUGCCGUCACCGCGGGCUCACAAGCGCCGUUGUCAUCGGUAGCGCUAAUCGCAAUCCAAGUUGCCUUGCUUGUCCCGCUUUCCUGGAUCAGGAAUAUCUCCAAACUCGGUCCUGCCGCCCUCCUCGCAGACGCCUGCAUCUUGAUCGGCGUGUCAUACAUCUACCAAUUCGACUUCCGCGCCCUCGCCCAAAACGGAAUCCACAAGUCCGUGGUUUUAUUCAACCCCGAGCGCUACACGUUGAUGAUCGGCUCGGCAAUCUUCACCUUUGAAGGCAUCGGCCUUAUUUUACCGAUCCAGAGUUCAAUGGCUAAACCCCAGCGGUUCGAGUACCUGCUAGGCAUAGUGAUGGUUCUCAUAACCAUCGUCUUCACUUCGGUGGGAGCAUUAUGUUACGCAACCUUCGGCACCCAAACACAAAUCGAAAUCAUCGAUAACUUCCCGCAGGACAGCAAGCUCGUCAAUGCCGUGCAAUUCCUUUACUCCGUCGCAGUCCUAGUCGGCACCCCCGUGCAAUUAUUCCCCGCACUACGCAUAAUCGAGGGUAAAGUGUUCGGCCAACACUCCUCCGGCAAAAGAAGUCUAAAGACGAAGUGGAUCAAAAAUGUGUUCCGGAUGGCGCUGGUAGUUUUCUGCGGCGUGGUGUCGGUGUUGGGCACGGGGAACCUGGAUAAGUUCGUUGCGCUUAUUGGGUCAACGGCGUGCGUACCGCUGGUUUAUGUGUAUCCGGCUUAUUUGCAUUAUAAGGGGGUGGCGACGAGUAAGUGGGGGAAGGUGGGAGAUGUGGUUAUGAUGGUUCUGGGCAUGGUUUGUAUGGUUUACACUACGGCUGUGACGGUUUAUUAUAGUUUUAUGUGA